CACCACCUCCUGUCCCAGCCCAUCACAUCUCAUUCCUGAGCAGCCCAUAUAAAACUCCCAGGAAUCCCAGCUCUGCAGCAAUCCCCAACGUAUUUCCAGGAUGACAGGGAUUACUUUGUUUCUCUUGUUUCUGUGGCUCCCUCUUUACAAGACGGAGGAGCAUGUUGUUAAUGAGCUGUACACCUUGAUAGAAAAAGGUCAGACCAGCUUUGUGGACCCAACCCCGAGCAACCAAACCAGGCUGCUGGUUAAAGAGCCCUCUCUGCCCAUUAACGAGCUGCUGGAGAAGAGCAGCAAGACCGGCGAGUCCAAACUCUCCUUCCACCCUCUGCCCUCCGCUGUCUGGCCUAAGCACGGUGACCUGGCCGCCAUCGCUCGCCACCACAACCCCCACAACAAGAGCAAAAAAGCCCUCAAGAGCGACCGUCUGGUUGAGCACAACAGCGAGAAAAACAGACAAGCUGUCGGUCUGCUUCCCAAAACCCCGCUGACAGGAGGAGCCGCUGCUGCCUCCAGCAACCGCACCGUGCAGAAGACCAACCAGGAGACCCAGUCCAGCAUCGGUCCUCCUCACCAGAGCGAAGCAGACGGACACCCCAACUCCAGACCCAGGAGUUCACCCCACACACAGCCUCAGGCUCAGCCUCCCCCGCGCAGAGAUCCCCCCAACCGACGACUGGACCCGGAGGAGAACCGGCCGGGCAAGUCGAGCCUUUAUCAGUCAGGUAUCGGCGCAGCGACCCGGAACAACAGCCGCCCUCCUGUCGUCCUCAACCGGCGCUCCUCCAGUCUGCUGUACCAGUUCGACAUCCUGAGGCGAGAGUCCGACUUCACACAUGAUGCCUUCUGCAUGAGUGAAUGCAGGAAGGAGAAGGACGAGAGAGAAUAUUACUGCUACAGUGAGUUUGCUAUCAAUGGGAUAGUUCAUGACAUUGAUGUGUUGCGUAAAGGAAUACGUCUCAUUACACUAAUGGUGAGCAGUGACGGCUUCUACAAAAUGAGUCGUCUCUACGUCAGCCCGGACAGCUUUUUCUUCAAAGUUCGCCUUCUGGUCCUGGACACCUAUAAGUGCAGUAAGCCCUGCCCUGACAUCAAGCUCGGGACCAGAUACAUUAUAAUGGGCCAGAUCUACCACAGGCGGCGCCAUCUUCCAAGUGACCUCCUGAACCUGCUGGGCAGUAAACUGAAACCUGGAGACGGCCUCCUGCGAAGCAACAACUACGUCAAGAGGUUCAACAAACGGAGGCACCAGAAAGCCCUGGAGGCCACCCGCUCCAGGUGCAGGUGAAGAGAAGAUAAGACUAUCGCCCCCUGCUGCAGGGGAAGAGACAUUGCAGAAUACCUGAAUGGAUCAUAACUAACCCCUAAGUAUUGAGCAAGACAGAAGACAUUAUGCGGAAAGCAUGUAUUUAUUUUCUUAUGGACUGCUAUGAUGUAUCAUACUCCCAGGUCAUCUUUUUUACUCAUCUUUAAAGUUCCUGAAGUACUGACUUGUGGUGCCUUUGAUAGAAAAACAUAAGCAGUGUCAAUUACAUAGAUUUUCCAUGAUCAUUUCAUAAUGUUCAGAACAUCAAAGACGGGUGUCCUUUCUGUCUCUCUUUUUAUUUUCCUCAAAAUAGCACCUCCCCUCAUACUCCUCAUUCAUUCACCGCUGGCUCAUGAAGUCCCUAAACUCUAAAGGUUUAAAACUGGCUAAUUUUUAAAAAGGAAAUUUGGCUUAUCUGAAGCACGCUUCUGUCUAUUUAGCAUAAAAUUUGCUUAGAGAAUGAGUAUAUUUCAUCAUCUUGCAUCAGCAUUCACAUGGGCAUUUUUCAGUUUUAUUCAUGUGAAUUUAACAAGCCAAAACUUGUGCUCAGAAAAAAACCUUGUCAGAUUCAGCCUCUUUCUUUUCACCAUAAGCCAUGGUCAUCAGUGGUUUAAUUUUGUUUUUCUGAGUAAAAAGCACACUUCCAUUCUGUAUCACCAAAUACUCGAUACCAAACAAAACCUUUACACAAUAUUGAACAGAAAUGUAUUUUCCAUACGAACAUAUCAACUUCUCCGAAAUUCUUUUGACUCCUUUGCUUUGAUUAAUCGAUGAUCCUUCUAAAUUGAAAUUAAUGCAAAAUGUCUUAUUGCACUGUUGUUUUGCAACACUCAUUCUCUUGCAUCUUGUCACUGUGGUUGUUAUUGGUGAGCAGGAAAUGCACUAUUACUGUUACAAAAACCAAAGGGAGGGAACGAAGAAUUGGAAAAACAGCAUCAAACCACAGUGGGGGAGAAGGAGGAGAGCAAGAGAGAGAGACAGCACAGGACCUUUGCUUGUCAUAAAAGCAGCUUAUUUUUGUAACUUUAAUUAUGUGUCCAUGAUGAAAUAUCUGCCUGAGUAGACUGGGACAUCAAAAGGGGCUUUGCUGAAUGAGGAGGUGAUGUGCUGUGUUGAUGUGUGUAGGGAGCAAGCCAUAAAUCUAAUCGCAGGAAUCUGAUCCUCUCCACACCUGGACACAUGACACGGAAAAGUGCCUCCAUCACAGCUCCUCUUUGGUCGCUGUGACGGGUGGCUCUUGUGUUCAUGCUUACACAUAAAUAUAUACUCCUCUGGCAAAGCCAAAGCUGAAAAAGAAGUAUUUAAAGUAUUUAGGCAGGAUCAAAGAAAAAAGGAGGUGGGGGCGAGGUGGAGGAGAAAUAAAGAAGGUUAUGUGAAAUGACUCGGGGUGGGUGGGGGUGCGACUGAAGCAGGAGAGGAGGUGUUGGGUCUGUUUUUCUAAAGGGAUAGCUUUUUAUUUAAUCAAAAUCCCUGGCUUGAUUGUAGUACGACCCUGAGCUCAUGCUUCUUAUGAGAGGGAAAAGAUUUGCACUGAACGCUUACAAUGCUUUCCAAUACAUGAACCCAAUAAAAAAUGUCUAUUUGUUUUGUACUCUA